CUCCAUCCCACCUCCGUCCGGCAACCUCCGUCCCAAUUGAACCGCAACAUUCAACACCAAUUUUCCCAUCCACGAUCCGAUCUCGAACCUCCACACCCACCCACCACCACGACGCCGCACAUUGCCUUUCCCGAACCCGCCGAACUCCGAUUUCGCCCCACCUCCGACCGACCACAUACCGGAACGACGUAAACACACAAAAUCAAAGAAAAAGAAGGAAAGAAAAGAAAAUGAUAACCCGCUUCAUCACGGAAGUCACAACACGGUUCAACCCGUUCUCAACACGGGCGCGGUCGGCACGGCUGUUCCUGUCCUUCCUGCCACCGACGGCGCGGUCGUCGGGCAUGACCAUCGCGACACAGCUGCUGCCGCGGACGUCGGCAGACCCGAGCACGCUGCACAUCAAGUUUAAGGACGGCAAGGAAAUGAACCUCGACUGCGAGGCCAUGGGCAUCAAGAGCAUCGUCGAGGAAGUUGACCGGCACUCUCGCGCGCUACAGAAGGCCUCCGAUUUGGCGGACGGUUAAAUACACGGAACGGGAGAGAGCUGGAUGUACAUCUGUUUGUAUCGAUACGAUCUACUUGUAUGGGUGUACAUAUAGAAGAUGCAUUGGGAGGCGUUUGCUGUUUUCUUACGAACGAGGAAUAUACCACUUUACGAGGUUUCAACGAUGCGCACGCUC